AAGUUAAAAACUCAACUCAACUCAACUCCGGCAGUUUAGCGUGCAAAACAGUAAGAGAGGAGAGAGAAACAAACUGAAAAAACUUUGAGAGAGGAAGAGAGGGAUAACUUAGGGUUUCAUUUUUUCCCCAAUUUUAAAUUUCAAGUGAUGAAAUCGAAGCCCUAAAUCUAAUAAUCUCGUCAUGUAUUGCUCCAUUUCAAACCAAUUCGAAAUCUUUGAUAUCUAUCGGCGAUUUUGCGCUGAUCACUGCCUCACUGGCCAUGUUUCUUGUUUUUCUUCAACUCAGAGCCUAUCCUGGUCUCGAGUUUGGACGAGACGUUUUUCUGAUGCUCAUUGCACAGCUUGCAUGUAUGCUGGAAUUAACAUAAGUGGAACCAAUGGGGAGGUUAUGCCGGGUCAGUGUGAAUUCCGAGUUAGUCCUAGUGUUGGUAUUGAAGCUGGAGACCAUGUCUGGUGUGCCAGAUAUCUUCUUGAGAAAACAGGCUCAAAAGCUACAAUUGGGAAGGGAAAUGUGCAAGCACAAGGGAGAUUUUGUUUCCCAUGUAUUUCUUCGUGAAUUUUCUACAUUAAAACUUACACGUUGGAAAUGGACACAGAGGGAAGAACUUGCACUCUAUAUAAUGAACGCCAUAUUAAGAGUACAACUUCUUUUCUUUCACCACUGCUCACCUUAACAGCAAAUCAAUAAUCUCUCUACAGCAGCAGUCACUCGGCAUUUUAUUUUUUUCCAUCAUGUUCUUCCCGUGUGAUAAUUGUGGUGGGGAUUAAUUAUGUUGACUCUACAUGUUUUUAAUUUUAGUGUGUUUUUUUGACGCUAAGAGAAGUGUAUACGGAGUAACAUUUAUAGAUCUUUCUUUUUUUAGAAUAGUUGUUGUGUAUUAUUUAAAGUUAUGAGACAGUGAGAAGCUUAUUUGAUAUGACAAAAAUGAAAUUGAAUUGUA